AUGUCGAUAGGCGUGUGGGUGAGGGCCGUUGAAGGCAUAGCGGGCAUCGGCGUCCUCUAUACCAUCCUCGCUCUACUCAUGCUCUGCUGCAUCCCUGGCCGCUCGUUCCCGUCCUUCGUCAUGAUGGUCCUCGACGUGGCGUUUAUUGGCGGCUUCAUCUACAUCGCCGCCGUCAACCGUGGCGGGGCAUCAUCUUGCAGCGGAGAGGUCGACACGGCGUUUGGGAAGGGGGACGCAGAUACCAACGUGGUGGAUAACGGGAGCGGUGGGUUUACGGCGCUGCCCAGCUUGAGGCAGGCGUGCAAGAUGGAGACGGCAUGCUUGGCCGUGUCCAUUGUCGCUGUUAUCUUCUUCGCCCUCUCCCCCUUCGUUAGCCUUGCCCUUGUCCGCCACCGCCGCAAGGAGAUGCGGAUCGGCCCGUCCCCCGCCAACGACUAUACCGAGGGGUACGGGGGACGCAAGCGCUUCAACUUCUUUGGCUUCGGCCGCAAGUGCACGGCGGAGGCGGACGCCGCUCAUAACCCCAACGUUCUGCCGGAACACUCCACCCCGGACGACUUGCGCCAUAGCUACGCGACCGAGCAGACCCGGGUGGGCAGCACCACCGGUGGCGGCGGCGGAUAUGGUGGGCUGGGCAACGGCACGAGCAAGUACGGUGACAGCAUCCCCCUGGAAAGUUAUCCGAACACGAACACGGGGUAUCGGUAUGAAAACAAUGGUGGUGUGUAUCGGUAG